AUGCGGAAGGACGCGGAGGAGGCCUUCCAGGUCAUCGUCGGUGACGGCGAGGUGGCCGCCCACGUCCGUUGCCUUUUCCCAGCCCUCGCCGCGCUGGUGGAGGGCCGCGCGCCCACGUGGCUCCAGAGGCUGCGGCGCAAUGCCGCCCUCCAUGCAGCCGCGCCCAGGGCACAGCUGGAGGGCGCCGGCGCACGGGCGCUCCGCGCGACCCAGCGCGGGCCGCGCCUGGGUGCCGCUCCGGACCCACAGCAGCCUGGUCUGCUGCUCGAGGCGCUCGGCGUGGAGCUGCAGCCGUGCCUGCGAGUCCUCGUCGGCGAGCGCGGGGCGUCCGAGGCCACCUGCGCGGAGGAUCUCGGCGUCGAGGUGGCGGCGGAGCCGCCGACGGAGUGCGUCGCGGUCCUGGGCGGGGAGUCGGAGGUGGUCGAGGCCGUCGAGGCUGACGUGGGGCGUAUCUGCUCGGCCAAGUCAGCGGCGGAGGUCGACGGCGAGGGCUCCCGAGGGCCCGGGGGAUCGGAGGCGCCCGGGGCUCCCAUGGUGGGGGGCGUCGCGGAGCCCCUGGGCGCGAGCGAGAUGAGCGUCGUGCGAGGCGGGGAGCCAGCUGUCGGGGCCGACGCUGCGUCGGAGUUCGACGUCGAGGACUUCCUGGCCGAGAUGGUCGCGGCCUCGGGAGGCGAGGGCGGCGCGCACACGGGCGGUGUGGUCCGCAGGCGCGAGCGCGUCGACAUCGAGCUCGUGGGCAGCUCCAUGGCCUCGCCCCGUUUCUCCGAGGUCUUCCACGUGGAGGGCGAGUUCCUCUCCCGCCUGGGCGCCGCCCGUGCGGCCGGCG